AUGGCACCCCUUGACUUUUGCGAUAAAGUAUCGCAGAGUUUCAAGAGCCUCUGUGACAGAGCUGAUAUCGGCUACACAACGUUUAUGCGAACCACGGAACCUCGACAUAAGGAAGCAGUGGCUGCUCUAUGGAACGAAUUGUUGAAAAACGGAUACAUAUACAAAGGGAAACACGAGGGUUGGUAUGCAGUAUCAGACGAAGCGUUUUACGCAAGUAAUCAAGUGGAAGAACGGUUCGAUGAAGUAACUGGCGAAAAAGUGAUGGUUGCUAUCGAAUCCGGGCAACGCGUUGAAUGGACAACAGAGGAAAAUUACAAGUUCAAACUCUCUGCUUUCCAAAACAAACUUUUGCAAUGGAUUGAGAAUAAUCCAAAAGCUAUUGUUCCCAGUAACCGUCGCAACGAGGUAGUGUCAUGGAUUCAAGCUGGACUUGCCGAUCUUUCGAUAUCUCGUCUACGAUCACGACUUGAUUGGGGAAUCCAAGUACCCAAUGAUUCGGAACACACGAUUUACGUUUGGCUUGAUGCGCUCACCAAUUACCUCACAGCCACUGGGUAUCCCUGGAUCGAGGAUUCAGCAGAAAAGGAAGCAUGGCCGGCCAAAGUGCAUGUUGUGGGCAAAGACAUCGUAAGAUUCCAUGCUAUUUACUGGCCUGCUUUUCUUAUGGCGGCCGGCCUACCUUUGCCAACACAAAUUUUAGCGCACGCCCAUUGGACCAUGGGUAAACAGAAAAUGUCAAAGAGCCGGGGCAACGUAGCAGAUCCAUUUGAAAUUCUGGAUAAAUACGGGGUGGAUCCUGUUCGUUAUUACCUUGUACGUGAUGGAGGGUUGGCCGAUGACGGAGAUUAUUCCGAAGACAUGAUCAAAAAGCGAUACAAAAAGGAUUUGGCUGGACAAUUGGGUAAUUUAUUGAAUCGAAGUUCAUCUUCAUCGUUGAAUCCUGAGGGUGUUGUUCCUGGUCUUGCUGGUGAACUAGACGAACGCGAUGUCACGCUGCACCAGGCGUUGUCUCAAUUACUGCCGACGUUUGAUGAAGCUUUUGAGAAUCGUGAGUUUAACAAAGGCUUUUCCGCUGUCUUUGAUAUGCUAGCCGAAGCGAACAGACACUUCACCGAUAAUGAACCAUGGAACCUUGUGAAGGACCCUUCACAGAAAGCCAGAUUAGACACCGUGCUUCAUUAUGCCAUGGAAUCUUGCCGUAUCGCUGGCAUUCUUCUGCAACCUGUCAUGCCAACUAAGAUGAAUCAUUUGUUGACGCGUCUCGGUGUUGCUCAGGACAAGCGUACAUUAGCCGAUGCUCAAUUGUCCGGCGAUCGUAGACCUUUAGGCAUCGAUUCCGGCGUCUUAUUCCCUCGCUUGUAA